GGAGUCUGAGGAGUUUCAUCCUUUGUGAAAUGUCCACGGAGGCCUGCUGCUCAUCUGGCUGCUAACUGGGGCUCGAACAGACCACAAGUGGAUUUCUGUCAGAGGAGGACACAUUACAGAUUUGUAAAUCCUGUUUCAUGAAGAUGUUUCCUUGGUCCGCUGUCUUCUCCCUUGAGCCCAAAGUGCCGGGCCAACGCAGCACUGAGGAACUGGUGACCAACACUCUGAUGCUGGAGUUGGGGGCCAUGGUGAAACGCACGGAGCGCAUCCGUCUGGAGCGGGCCACAGAGGGUCGCCGCCGCCGUCGCAGCUCCUCCUCCACAGCUGAUUACAGCUGGCUGGCCAACACCCCGACCCCGCAACCCUACGAGCUGACACCCAACGACCUGCUGGAGCUGCAGGACCUCUGUGCCAAGAUCCCUCCUGCACAAUGUGGCCCUUUAAUCGUCAGGUUCAGGAGGCUGGUGUCACAGAUGGAGCCUGAGGUUCACGAGGUCCCCCGGCUGUUUCGCUCAGUGCUCAACGACUUCGUGGACGAGAGCAAUGCGCCCGAAGAAGUGCAGGAGACCUUUGAGAAGCAGCAGCGCAGCAAGAGCCUCUCUUUCGACACUUUCCGCAGCAAGUUCCGCACAGGUCAGCUCUUCAGGGGCUCCAUGAGAGGCUCCAGGGGUAAUCUGCAGCAGGAACUGGAUUGGUCUGACGAGGAGGACGCAGAGGCCGAGGAGGAGGCCAUCAAGGCCAGGGCGAGGAAGGGAAGGAGCAGGAGCAUGCCAGAGAUCAGCCCUAUGGAGCAGAGUGCCAGUGCAUGAGAGAUGGGAGGGAGUCAAGGGGAGAGAGACGGUGC